AUGGUGAAAGUGACCGCGGAACAGAUGGACGUUAUGAGAGGGACCAUGGCGUUGAAAGGUCUUACGUUGACAAGACUACACAGGGAAAGUGACCGAGAGGGGCUAAUUUUCGUUGUUGACAGCUCCGACAUAGAGCGCGCAGAAGUAGCUAGAGAGGAGAUUUGCUCACUCGCACGAGAACCAGAAUUACAAGAUGUAAAGUUGUUGAUAUUCGCCAACAAGCAAGACCUUCCGAACGCUAUGACAACAGCGGAAGCUCGAAUGAACCAGCGGUUCUGGACUGGAAGGCAACUGAGGGCCAGAGAGUGGCACGUCCAGCCGACAAAUGCCGUCACUGGAGAGGGUCUAAUGGAAGGUCUCGAAUGGCUCCACCACUCUGUUGUCAUCAAAUAA